CACUAUUGACAAUACACUGUUUACCCUUGUCAAGCAUUUGUUUACCUCAUUAUAAUAUUUUGAUUUUUCGUAUUCCAAAGUGAUUUCAAUCAAUGACUAAUGUUUAUAAAUAACAUCCGUCCUCAAUAACAACCCGAGCAGUCAUUGGCAUCGAAAAAUGGAUCAUCGAUCGCCAUUGGAGUCGAUUUUUGGGGCAAUCGGGAACCUGUCCCACGGGCACGAUAAACCAGUGAAACAAGCCGUUUACAAUGCCGUAGCCCUGCUGUUAAUAUUCCUGUGCUGUGCGGCUGUUUUGGGACUCUACCUGAUUCUCUAUCCGUUCAUCAAGCCCCUAAUGUGGGCCUUGUUGGUGGGAUCAGCGCUGCACCCGUUGAAAAGAUCGUUGAGAGACCGAUUCCAGGGCUGGUUUCAAAUGCUCGAGGACACAAACACUCCCACUAUUUUAGGACUUGUGCUGUUGCCCAUCAAUAUUUUCAAUGAAGUCUCCGAAUGUAUAGGGCAGUUCUUAUGGGACAGAAUCAAGUUGAUUUUGGCUAUUGCGGUGCUGAUUCCCGUUGCGGUUUUGCUCUACAAUUUCACUCCUGGAGUGAUCAUUUCCAUGUUGUGGAGCGGCACCGUUUGGAUCUACCGGGCGCUGAACUUUGUCAUCAGCAAUUCCACUCUUCCAGUGGUUUCAGUCAUCAUCCUCUGCUACCUUCCUCUGGUGGUUCUGUUUUGGAGCCCCGAGAACAACGUUCACUUUCACUACGCCUCCACUGCGGUCUGGCUGUGGGGUUCUUGCGGCCUUUCCAGCAUUUUCCCCAGCUUCCAGAUGCCUAUUUUCAUUGGCCUGCAGAUCGUCUUCUUUGGGGGCUUCAUUUCGGAGGUUUACGAAGCCUAUUGCAGCAUGAACGCUGCAGGGCACAACAUCUCCUUCACUGAACUGUUGUCACGAGCGUUCCACGACAAGCCGAUUGAGCUGGAUAUAAGCGACGAACAUGAGCUGGAAGAGGACGAAGCAAAUGGCAAGGAAUUCAGUUCGCCCAUUGUCUCAUUUAGCAAAGUCCUGGAUAGUGGGGAUAAUUCCACUCCGAAACACAAUGAGGCGAAAGAGGUGACGACGAAGAGUGACGAUCCGUGGGCUUUGGAGCUUUUCAACGAAUCAAAACAAAGCGCCAAAGUAGAGAGUCCCGAACCGCGAACUGGGGUUUUAAUCACCAACCAUGGCAUCCAUCUGGUUCAGGCGCCCGACGCGAAAAAACCCAGACCAAAAAUUCAGCGCUCACUAUCCCAACCGCAGUUUAAUCCUGGGCGGUUCCGCACCUUAAACCUGCUGAGUAUUCCGCGGAAGAUAAAUCUACGCAAUUCCAACCAGAACUUCAAAAGCACUGGCUACGAGAGCACUUUCUACCUCUACUCGGUCAUGUGGUGCUGCUUAGUGAUGCUGUUCUGGAAAAACAUCAUCCUGCUGCCGCUGCUGCCUCUGCCCAUUCUCUACUAUCUGAUCAAGCACACUGGCACCUAUCUGGGCCUCUGGAGCUAUCUGUUCGAUAAGUGCUUCAGUUUAUUCGACCGGGCCAGUCACUUCUGCAUGGAAAGGCACGACGCUCUGGUACCAGUCCCGAUUAGGGGCUUGUAUAAGUUCAUGCACAAGAUCAACGCAACUGUGAAAAGCAGCAUCAAGGGCAGCAUUGAUACAGUGGCCAGUUGCGUGGUGAUUUCUGGACUGAUCGUCUUCCUCAUCUGCGCCUCCAUUUUCACAGCCCUGCAGAUAUACGCCGAAGGAAUAAUGCUGGCGCAAAUGACUAGCAAUGCGAUCAAUCAGACAGUGGUCCAGAACCCGGAGUUGCGCCAGCUGUUGCCGCCCGCUUGGGAUGAAACCAUGGACUCCAUCCUGGAUAAUGCCUAUCAGUAUGGACGCGAAGGCAUUUCCAAGGCUGUGAAAAGCGUUAUGACUGAUGCGGAUGCCGUGCAGUCGGAGAAGCUGGAAAGGCAGGUUUUGGAGUUGUGGGAUCGCAUCUAUCAGUCGUGGAUGACUGCCCACGAUGGCAACGGCCCCAAAGUCACCGAGGAGGCAGUGCGGAGCUCAUGGGACGCUUUCGUUAAGGACAUCAGGAAAUCUCCAGGUGAAAUAUUCAACGUUAAUGGGAUCGUGGAUUUCGCCAAGCAGAACGUGGGCACGUUGAUGUCGCUUUUGGAGUCGGUUUGGAGCAUCGUUAUCAGCAACAUCGGCCUGGUGAUCGGCUCGUUCAGCACCUGCGUUUCCAUCGUUCUAGGCGGUGGAACAGCGGUGUUGAACUUCAUUCUGAACAUGAUUGUCUUCUUGACCACGCUCUUUUACCUGCUAAGUUCAAGCGCCGAUAACUACAAGCCGGUGGAAUUAAUGACGCAAUUCUCUCCAAGCGGCAGGCGAUUCGGGCACGCCUUGGAAGCGGCCAUAAACAGCGUCUUUUCGGCCUCCUUUAAAAUGGCCGCGUUCUACGGGAUGUGGACCUGGUUCAUCCACAAUCUGUUCAACGUCCAGAUCGUCUACUUGUCCUCCGCGUUCGCUACGAUUUUGGGCGCAGUCCCAUUCUUGGGCACAUAUUGGGCCUGCGUCCCAGGGAUUCUGGAUCUAUGGCUGUCCCAGGAUAGAUGGAUUGCUGCCCUGAUUUUCGCCGGGUUUCAGUUCCUGCCCACUUCCAUUGUAGAUGCGGAAAUCUACAAGGAAAUCAAAGGCGGUCAUCCCUAUUUGACCGGCUUGGCGAUUGCUGGCGGCAUUUUCUGCAUGGGAGUGGAGGGAGCCAUCAUAGGCCCGUUAUUGCUGUGCGGUCUUUAUGUGGCCAUCGAUCUGUCUUCGAAUCUCUUCAGAGAAUCUCCCGCAGGGGAAUCGAUCAAUUUGGAAUUGCACUAGAAUGGGGCUUUGGUUGUCUCACCCUAGCUUUUCUUGUCAACGCUUUAUGGCCGACUUGCGGCCAGCGAAUCUCGUGAAAACUGCAGCUUUAUCUGGUAUAAACUAUUAAUUUAUUCGUUAAUGGCUCGAUGGGUUAGACAACGUUUGCCAAACCACCCUUUGAGCUGAAUUUUGUAUAUUUAUAAAGUUAAGUGAAUAAAUCUGUUUGUUCUA